GGGAAGGGGGUGGUAUAAAAGGAUGGAUAGGGGAACGGGGGAGGUUUAGUGUUUUUGGUAUUUGAAAGUUUGUUGGGUUAAGUUUGAUUAAUUGACGUUUGGAAAUUGACGUUUGAGAGCGAGACAAAAAGACAAGAUGGAGAGUCAAGUACAUACCUUGAGUGAGGCGGGUGCGGAGGGGAUACGGAAAACAAUCGACGCCGCAACCUCCGACCCCACGACACAGAUCCCCGGCUGCGUCUUCGUGGCCGUGAACCGCGCCGGCGAGGAGCUAAUCUCGCACGCCUCAGGAAGAAUGAGCGUCGACACGCCCGCACCCAUGACGCUAGACAGCGUGUUCUGGAUCGCCUCUUGCACCAAGAUGAUCACUGGCAUUGCGUGCAUGCAGCUGGUGGAACAGGGAAAGCUGACUCUGGAUGAUGCGGAGUUGGUGGAGGGCAUCUUGCCGGAGGUGAAGAGGGCGGUAGUCUUCACGGGUUUUGAUGAGAAGACGGGAGUACCGGGUGUGAGGAAGAAGGAGACAGGCAUUACGUUGAAGAUGUUGCUGACCCAUACGGCGGGGUUUGCAUAUCCGCUCUUCUAUUCCGAGUCGAGAAAACUGACCUUGCCGGUGGGAAUUGAGGAGUGGGCGCGGAAGCUCGAGGAUAUAGAGGGUCCGUUGAUGUUUGAGCCGGGGACUCGCUGGAGUUAUGGGACAGGAGUCGACUGGGCAGGCGUUCUCGUCGAGCGCAUCUCGGGCCUAUCUCUCGAGGAGUAUUUCCAGAAACAUAUCUUCGAACCCCUCGGCAUCAAAAACAUCACCAUGUUCCCUUCCGCCACCAUGAAAGCGAACCUAGUACACAUGCACCAACGCUAUUCCGAUGGUAAGAUCAAGACGCGCGGGCAUAUCCAACGCGGACCCCUGAACCACAGCAGUAGCGACGAGAUCUUCAACUCCGGUGGUGGAGGCUGUUUCGCGCAGCCGCAGGAAUAUCCCAAGAUAAUCGCGACGCUGCUGAACAAUGGCACUUCCCCGCACACCGGCAUCCAGAUCCUUAACCCUGCUACAGUCGAUCUCAUGUUUACCAACCACAUCCCCGAGAUGCCAAACUUCGCCAGGGAGCCCAUCGAGGCCGCGAUGCCCGAGCUGACGAAUCCCAUCGCGGAGCUCUAUCCGCAACCGCAUGAUCAGCCGCAGGGCUGGGGUUUGACAUUCAUGCUCACCAUCAGUGAGGGUGCAUCGGGCAGAGGAAGGAAUACUGGUUGGUGGGCCGGCCUGUCGAACUUAUAUUGGUGGUGUGAUAGGGAGAGGGGCGUGGGUGGCAUUAUUGCGAGUCAAAUUCUACCCUUCGCCGAUCCUCAAGUCCUGAGUCUCUGGGCGCAAGUCGAGGCAGCUGUUUAUCAAGGCUGAUGCACCACCGCAGGCUGAUCUCUAGAGAAGCACUUGCUUUAAGCAUUUCUUUUUUCAACGGUGAGAUUGGAUAACAGAGCAAACGUAAUAAUUUGAAGGUUUGAAGAAGAUGCAGCCUUGCUUAC